AGCCUUAGUGUAGCUUGGUUGGUUAUUGAGGCCACAUUAAAUCCUUUUCCCAACCCUGGCCACAUCCUGAGUGUGUUGUUUAGCACAUUUUGCCUUCCCUGCCUUUCACACUGAUUGAUUAAUACAAGCAGUUUGGCCUCUUGGGGAGGGAGACACCUGGACAAUCCCUUCUUAGAGCUCUGAUGUGGCAGCACUCCUCCCUUGUGCCGCCAGUCCCAUGGAGGUACUUGAACUCCAUUGGUUUAAUGAGCUGGCAUUGGUGGGGCACAGUCUAGUUGCCUGGCAUGCCAUUUGGGUGCACUUUGCACACAGGCCAGAAUGCUCAGUUCCCUUCCAUUGCUGAGAUCUGAUCUGCCAUGUUCUAUGGAAACAUGUUCUCAGCAGGCCCAGUGACACCCCAGCCCCUCUUGGGCUGCUAAUUUGAGUUAGCAAAUAUUUGCUGAGUUUGGGAGGGUCCAGACCAAACCCUGGAUAAAGUGAGAGGUGGUUCCUAAGCAGGUGGUGCCACGUCUGAUGGGGUUUGCCUGCUGCAUUGUGAAAACAAGUCUGGCAGAAGAUGGGAACAUAGAAUACAAGCUGAAGCUGGUGAACCCUUCACAGUAUCGCUUUGAGCACCUGGUGACACAGAUGAAGUGGCGGCUGCAGGAAGGCCGGGGUGAGGCUGUCUACCAGAUCGGCGUGGAGGACAAUGGGCUACUGGUGGGCCUGUCAGAAGAAGAGAUGCGUGCCUCCCUCAAGACAUUGCGCCGGAUGGCUGAAAAGGUUGGAGCUGACAUUACCAUCCUGCGGGAGCGCGAGGUAGAUUAUGACAGCGAUGUUCCUAGGAAGAUAACAGAGGUUCUUGUCCGGAAGGUCCCUGAUAACCAGCAGUUCCUAGACCUGCGAGUGGCUGUGCUUGGGAAUGUGGAUUCAGGGAAGUCGACGCUGCUGGGUGUCCUGACCCAGGGUGAGCUGGAUAAUGGGCGGGGCAGAGCCCGCCUCAAUCUCUUCCGGCACCUCCAUGAGAUCCAGUCAGGGAGAACAUCCAGCAUCAGCUUUGAGAUCCUUGGCUUCAAUAGCAAAGGAGAGGUGGUGAACUACAGUGACUCACGGACGGCAGAAGAGAUCUGUGAGAGCUCCUCCAAGAUGAUCACUUUCAUUGAUCUGGCUGGCCACCACAAGUAUUUGAAAACCACCAUAUUCGGCCUCACCAGCUACUGCCCAGACUUUGCCAUGCUGGUGGUGAGCGCCAACACUGGCAUCGCAGGUACCACACGGGAGCACCUGGGCCUGGCCAUGGCCCUCAAGGUUCCCUUUUUCAUUGUCAUCAGCAAAGUGGACUUGUGUUCCAAAGCCACCGUGGAACGGACAGUGAAGCAGCUGGAGCGGAUCCUGAAGCAGCCGGGCUGCAACAAGCUGCCCCUGCUAGUGAACUCGGACGAUGAUGCCGUCACAGCAGCGCAGCAGUUUGCACAGUCUCCCAACAUCACGCCGAUCUUCACUCUAUCCAGUGUUUCUGGAGAGAACCUGGAUCUCUUAAAAGUUUUCCUCAACAUCCUUCCUCCUUUGACCAACAGCAAAGAGCAGGAGGAGCUGAUGCAGCAACUUACAGAGUUCCAGGUGGAUGAAAUCUAUACUGUGCCUGAAGUGGGGACUGUUGUGGGAGGAACUCUGUCCAGUGGGAUCUGCAGGGAGGGGGAGAGCCUUGUGGUCGGUCCUACUGACGAUGGCAAGUUCCUCCAGCUGAAGGUGUGCAGCAUCCAGCGGAACCGCUCCGCGUGCCGUGUGCUCCGGGCAGGACAAGCUGCCACAUUAGCCCUUGGGCCCUUCGACCGCUCCCUUCUGCGCAAGGGCAUGGUAAUGGUGAGCCCAGAGAUGAACCCCACCAUCUGCUCAGUAUUUGAAGCCGAGAUUGUGCUGCUCUUCCAUGCCACGACUUUCCGAAAGGGGUUCCAGGUGACUGUGCACGUGGGGAAUGUGCGGCAGACGGCCAUCGUAGAGAAGAUCCAUGGAAAGGACAAACUGCGGACAGGGGAGAAGGCUGUUGUUCGUUUCCGGUUCAUCAAACAUCCUGAAUACUUAAAGAUUGGCGCCAAGCUGCUGUUCCGUGAAGGAGUCACCAAAGGUAUCGGACACGUCACCGACCUCCAAGCUAUCACCACUGAAGAGAACAGCCUGGAUGAGAGCCUGGGGCCCGGGCGUUUGACCUUCUGACUCUCACUAGGUCUGAGAGAGCUCCAGACUCCAGCAAUGGAGGAAGAGAGAGCUGGGGGGAGUUGUCCUGCCCUUCACAUGACUGGAACUGCUGCUGUCCGGUUUUAGCAUGGGUUUCUCCUCUCCACACUGUGAGGAUGGAGCCCAGGAGAUCCCCCUUUGUUCAGUACCCCUCACGGGGCAAGUUAAGCAUGUUGUCUCUGCAUCGUCUGCUGCUUUCAUUAUCCUGCCCUCCACCACAAUAGACCAGAGGCAGGCUUAGUCUGGGCAGGCGAGUCCUGGCUUUGUUUACAGUACUUUGGUGAGAAGUUCGUGGCUGAUACGGUGCAAAGCUCCUGAGGUGCUGAGCAGCAAUGAAGGGAUACUGCCACCUCUGUUUCAGGAUCAGUCCCAUUGCAGCUUUCUGAGCAUUGGGCCUGACCCAUACUGUGUGUGCCCCUGUCUCCCAGUCUUAGGCUUUUCCCUCCAGGGCAGAGACCUUUGGGAUGGCAUAGGAGGCCCAGCUACCCAGAGUGCAGAGACUUGGUUAAACUCAGGUUCACAAACAAUAAGAACCCGAGAAAAGUUCAGGACACUUUUAGCCCUUUUAAUCUUGGUUGAUUUUAAUCCCUCGUGUGCCCCCUUCUGUGUUCAGUGGCUCCUGCUUGGCUGUCCCAGCUCUUCUGCCAAACCAGCACAAACAGGGAUCUCCUCACGGACUAGCCCCUGCCAGAUGGUGACUUGAGCCCCAUGCCCAUCCCAGUGCUUAUGUCUUGUGGGUGGCUGGGGCUUCCCCUUCACAUCCCAGUCCAAUCAGCCUCCUCAAGAACCUGCAUGAAGCCAGGGUCUCUGCCUCUAGCCCUCUGCUCGCUGAAGCAGCUGAGCAUCCCGCUGGCCCAAGCAGGAGGCCAUUUUGGGGAACAGAGCUGGGCCCACACCUGGGCUUGUAUCUGCUUCAGCUAAACUCCCCUGUGGGAGGUCUCCAUUGAGUUAAUGGCAGGGCUUUGUGAUGGAUUUCCCUGUUGAAAUCAGUUUGUGCUGCAGCCCAGCUUGCUCCUCAGGGACCUGCCUUAACUCUUGAGGAGAGGCAGAGGGGGCUGCCGUACUGGCCCAGAAGUCCGUUUACUGUUGGAUGCAAUCUAACAAAGCUAUCACAAGGAUUUUUUUUGUUGCUCUCAUUCUACUUAAGCGAAACGUCCUUUCUUGUCUCUGCCACUGAAGUUUCAGUGCCUAGGAGGGCUGGUGGGAGCCAGCACAGCCAGAGGCUCGGUAGGUGUGUGAAGACAUGGAACACUUGCUGUCAUGUUUCCCCAGCUGUGCCCUUCAGGUACAAGGGCUGACUACUGGCCUGUGCAGCUGCUGCUGAGGGUUAGCCCUGUUCAGCUGGGAACAAGGGGGCCGGGGAGGGUUAUGUAGUCGAGACUGCAUAACUGUCAUUAGGCUUUUGAUUUCACUGGUGACUAUUGAACAGAGCUGGUCAUGCACUGCUGCCUGAGCCACGGUGUGGUGUCUGGACAGGGAGGGGGCUCUGCUCCACGUGUUGCCAAUAAUGCUCAAGCUGUGCUGCCUCCUGCUCAGGGUCUUAUGCUGGGGCUACUGGUGACAUGGUGAUAUCCUCACAGCAGCUCUCCUUGCCACAGGCCAGGCACUUGCUGUAGUGAGGAGCCUUGUGGGGGUGAGGAUUCCUGCCUGCAAGCUGUUAAAGUUCACCAAGCUGAUCUGCGGGGAGCAGAGGAGAAUUGUUCCUCCCCUGUGAAGGGUUAUGAGGAAGCUCUGUUGGUUUCUCCUACCAUGUUCUGUGCUGGAAUCCUAGCUUAGACUGGGAUCUGUAGGGCAAGCCUGUCAUACAAUUGCUGUUAAUAGCAGCUAUGAGCAGGUACUGCCUCUUCCCUGGGAGAGGUAAUGCAUUCACUCUGCUGGCAGUACCCUGCACUGAGGGAGGCUCAGUCUGUCUUUUCUCCCUUUCAGUCACCUUGCCAACAACUGCUUUGCUGGCUCAGAUGGUCUGAAUAGGGGACCCUUCCCCUUCCAGCCCUGGCACUUAGCACUGGGUUCUAUUACAGUGGGUGCCCCUCAUAUGCUCCUGCAGGAAGAACAGAGUCCCAGUGAGCACUCCCCUCUUGUGUUUGUUGUGUAAAUACAAAUAGUUGUGCCCGGGAGGGGUGAGUGUCUUCUGCUGUUUGCAGUGACCUUGGGGUAACCUUCAGCAUUGCCCCAUACUCAAGUGCUUGCUGUUCCUUCCCUGGAAGAGCUGAUGGGCUGAGCAUCUUAUCCCAUCUCCCCCUGCCCCCUUCUGUGGUGUGACUGUUCAGUGCCAUGCUUUUCAUGCUCCCUGUUCUCAUCUUAGAUUUUCUAAUGCAGGGGGAUAGUUUCCAUUUCCUUGGCAUCUAUAUAUAAUGUACAGAAUAAAGAUGUUUUAUUGAGAA